CACACACACACACACAAACGGAACGGCGUCGCCAGACUUGACCGCACUCUACUGCUCCUGUCUGCUUGUUGAUCUUCGGGAAAAGUACAUGGAUUUAUUUUUGCGGAACUGUUAUCCCGAAGGUGUCGAAUGAAUACAAUCGUUUGGAAAGAACGCACCCUUUUCUCUCUGGAUGUACAGACAGAGUUCGUUAUGAUCAGUGUUUAUAGCAGUUCAUUGGUGGGGAUGGGUUCAUUGGUUGGAUCUUAGGUGUAUGUAUCGGUUGGGAUUUGGGAAGCACGGAUGAUUGCAAAUAGGAGUUCAGAUGCAUGCCAAGUCCACGGUGAAUGUCGGAAGCUGUGAUCCCCUCAGAUGGAGCCCCAGAAUCCACAUGGCAGUGGCGGUUCAUUAGUUGUGAUUCAGCAGCCUUCCUUAGACAGCAGACAGAGGUUUGCCCAUGAAAGAGGGAUUCAGCAUUCAGCCAUUCUCUCACUGGACCAAAUCAAGGUUAUUCGGUCAAGCAAUGAGUACACAGAGGGCCCAUCUGUGGCGAGAAAGCCUGCUCCCAGGACAGUUCAAAGGCCAGAGAAGUAUGAAAGGACUCAUGAAAUCAUACUGAUCAAUGUGAAUAACAACUACGAACAUCGGCCUUCUCCCCAAGCAGGGAACGUGGGAGUGCAGUACAAUGCUAGGGUGCCUGCAAUGGGCAGGUCCACCAGCACAGGGAGUGCUGCAAGCUCAGGUAGCAUCAACAGUGCCUCUUCAGAGCAGGGGCUCCUGGGUCGCUCGCCUCCAACAAGGCCUGGUCCAGCCCACCGAACAGACGGGCCUGUUCGGACACAGCCCAAGUCUUCUGCUUCGGUAGGGGAUAAGCUUAAGAGUUCAGGGAAAGAGGAGCUCACGAAGCACCAGUUUAUCUGUGAACAGUGUGGCAAGUGUAAGUGUGGCGAGUGCACAGCUCCGAGGACUCUCCCUUCCUGCCUGGCUUGUCAGCGCCAGUGUUUAUGCUCUGCUGAGAGCAUGGUGGAGUAUGGCACGUGUAUGUGCCUGGUCAAAGGGAUCUUCUACCACUGUUCAAACGAUGAUGAGGGGGACUCAUGUGCGGACAAUCCUUGCUCCCUGUCCCAGUCACACUGCUGCUCUAGGUUCACGUGUAUGGGAUUAAUUUCGACGGUGCUGCCUUGCUUGCUCUGUUACCCUGCAGCUAGAGGGUGUAUUAAGAUGUGCCAGGGCUGCUAUGACCAGGUAAACAGGCCUGGGUGCAGGUGUAAGAACUCCAACACUGUCUAUUGCACACUGGAGAGCUGUCCCUCACAGGGCCAGGCCAAACCUUGAUUUCACUCGGCACUCUCUUCAGCCUUGCUGUUUUAAUUCAACGUUAUGCACCUCUCGGCCCUUUUACCCCUGGAAAUCCCUCUCUGGAACAGCAUGGAGUAUGAUGCCACUUUUGCUACCCUCUCCCCCUUUUACAAGCCAGUGUUUGCGUUUUGGUGUUGUUUUCAGCUGCUCAUUAACACACCUGACUCAUUGUAAAGAAGUGCUUUCUUGGGAGUGCUGUUCUCUGUGCUUCAGCUUGGUGUGAGACCAUAUCCUUACCAUAUCUGUGAAGGACUAUCAAGAUAGUAAUACACUAGUAUAUGUAUGUGUGUAUAGCUAUUACCAGAUUUCCAUUGCAGCCCAGACUGUAGUUGUUUGUACAUCUUAAUUAUAAAUGGGUGCCAUAUAAACUUACUAUGCUGUUAGCAUUUUGGUAAACUUAA